CUUUGACUUAGACCAGUGGAUAUUCAAAUAAUCUUCUCACACGGUCCCCCACCGGCACAUUUUUCUCAGUCAAAUCUGCAGCUGGAGAGACAGCGAUUAUGGAUAAAUUCGCGGCGCUGAAAACGGCGGUUGACACGGCGGAGCUCGUCGACGCCCACGCGCACAACAUUGUUGCGGCGGACUCCACCUUCCCCUUCCUCAGCUGCUUCUCGGAGGCCGCCGGCGAAGCCCUGUCCUACGCACCUCACACCAUUAAUUUCAAGAGAAGCCUGAGAGAGAUUGCUGAGCUUUACGGGUCUGAUUUAUCAUUGGAUGCUGUUCAAGAGUACCGGUCCAGAUCUGGAGUGGAAUCAGUGACUGAGAGGUGCCUUAAAGCCGCUAGAAUCAGCGCCAUAUUUAUUGAUGAUGGGCUUGAGCUGGACAAGAAGCUUGAACUUGAGUGGCACAAGAAAUUUGUGCCGUUUGUUGGUAGAAUAUUAAGGAUCGAACGCGUGGCCGAGGAGAUUCUGGAUGAGAAGGAAUGUUUAAGUUCUCUAUGGUUUCCUUAUCAAUUCAGUACGCAUGCUGACAAAAUCAUUGGCUUUAAAAGUAUAGCUGCAUACCGCAGUGGACUUGAUAUUAAUCCCAAUGUCUCGCAAACGGACGCCAGUGAGGGCUUUAAGGAUGUUUUGCGAGCCAGAAAACCUGUUUGCAUCACCAAUAAAAACUUUAUUGAUCACAUCUUCAUCCGUGCAUUGGAGGUUGCCCAAUGCUUUGACUUGCCGGUGCAGAUACACACAGGUUUUGGGGACAAAGAUCUUGAUUUACGGUUAUCCAAUCCCCUUCAUCUUCGUAAUCUUCUUGAGGACAGAAGAUUCAGCAAAUGCCGAAUUGUUUUGCUACAUGCAUCAUACCCUUUUUCAAAAGAAGCAUCAUAUCUGGCCUCUGUGUACUCUCAGGUCUUUCUGGACUUUGGGCUGGCAGUGCCUAAACUUAGCUUUCAUGGGAUGCUAUCAUCAGUCAAAGAGCUCUUGGAGUUGGCACCAAUAAAGAAGGUUGAUGUCAUGGUGAUGUUCAGUACUGAUGGCUGUGGUUUUCCUGAGAGUUUCUACUUAGGUGCAAAGGAAGCACGCGAGAUUGUUUUUGCUGUUCUGCGUGAUUCGUGCAUAGAUGGAGAUCUUUCAGUUCCAGAAGCUGUCCAAGCCGCUAAAGACAUAUUUUCUGAAAAUGCAAGAGAGCUGUACAAAAUUAAGCAUGAUCUAGAAUUGUUUAAUUCGAAUAACAUUGCAUGCCCCUCAGUGAAGCUCGACAUAAGUGCUUCUGCUCCGGAUGUUGCAUAUAUUCGCAUAAUUUGGGUUGAUGGUUCUGGACAGCAGAGAUGUCGCGUGGUUCCUCGAAAACGUUUCCAUGAUAUUGUUACGAAGAAUGGUGUUGGUUUAACCUGCGCAUCUAUGGCAAUGUCUUCCCACAUGGAUGGUCCUGCUGAUGGAACCAAUCUUAGUGGAGUGGGUGAAAUCAGACUCAUUCCUGAUCUAUCAACCAAAAGCAUAAUUCCUUGGGCAAAAGAGCAGGAAAUGGUUCUAGCUGACAUGCACAGUAAACCUGGAAUUCCAUGGGAGUAUUGCCCCAGAGAGACUCUGAAAAGAGUUUCAAAAGUUCUAAAAGAUGAAUUUAACUUGGUAAUGAAUGCAGGAUUUGAGAAUGAGUUUUAUCUCUUAAGGAGUGUGCUAGUGGAUGGGACAGAAAAAUGGGUCCCAUUUGAUGCAACUCCUUACUGCUCAACGUCAGCAUUUGAUGCUGCUUUUUCUGUACUUAAUGAAAUUGUGACUUGUCUUCAGUCCUUGAAUAUUGUAGUGGAACAGCUGCAUCCAGAAGCUGGGCAUGGUCAAUUUGAACUCGCAUUGGGCUACACUACAUGUGAAAAAGCUGCUGACAACUUAGUUUACACACGUGAAGUUAUUCGGUCUGUCGCCAGAAAACAUGGGCUAUUGGCUACUUUUGUCCCCAAAUAUAAUCUCGAUGAUAUUGGCUCUGGCUCACAUGUACACUUAAGUUUGUCUAAGAAUGGAGAAAAUGUGUUUAUGGCACAAAACGGAGCUACCAAGUAUGGGAUUUCUACAAUUGGGGAGGAGUUCAUGUCCGGCGUGUUGAAUCAUCUCCCCUCGAUAUUGGCAUUUACAGCACCAGUCCCAAAUAGCUAUGAUCGUAUACAACCCAACACAUGGAGUGGGGCAUACCUGUGCUGGGGCACGGAAAAUAGAGAAGCUCCACUUAGAGCUGCUUGCCCACCUGGCACCCCAGAUGGCCAUGUAAGCAACUUUGAGAUAAAGGUAUUUGAUGGCUGUGCAAAUCCUUAUCUGGAUGAUAAUCCUGACAAUGUCAAAGAUAAAGUUCAACGGCUACCUCAAUCACUCUCAGAAUCUGUUGAGGCCCUGGAAAUAGACUCGGUGAUGAGAGAUUUAAUUGGUGAAAAGCUUUUGGUUGCAAUUAGAGGGAUUAGGAAGGCUGAGAUCAAGUACUAUUCUGAAAACAAGGAUGCUUGGAAGAAUCUUAUCAACAGAUAUUAAGGUGACUGCUAAUUUGAGUUGUUAAUCGUGGCCUCCCAACUUUACAUUGCUCGAGUGUAUUUUCUGGAGAAUAAAUCUUAUUUGUAUCUCUAUUGUAGAGGUGAAAUAAUAAAAGGCAACGCACUCUGAGAUUUAAAGUUCUAAAUAAAUCUUAUUUGUAUCUUGUUAUGAACAAGUGGAAUGUACCACUAUUCAUAAAUAGUGAGUCCAACAUGUGUGAAUAGUAAUGGAGUAUGGGAUAUGAAUAAUUUAUGUUCAAAGUGUCGGUAGAAUUUGCCUAUAAAAGGCAAUGCAAAUGUAGUGAAAGGGUGCUCAUUUUAGAAGAAGAAAGAAAUAUUCAGUAUAAUUUCUAUCCGGUUUCUAUUUUGUGUUCUAUAUCUUUCUCGUUUUUAUAAC